GUGACCAGCGACGAUACCGCCGCAUUGCUCCGGCACCUAGGUGUAACGGCACAAAUAGCAGCCACCGUGGUCGGACACUCACUGGGCUACCUCACGGCGUCGCUCUUGGCCGUCCGGUCGCCCGAGCUGGUGCGGAUGCCUAUCCUUAUCAACCCCAUGUACAGCAACCCGGUUGCUUCAAUCACGUAG